AUGGGCAAGUACACGACCCGCAUCAGUGCUCUACUUCUCCUCUUGUGCCUUGCUACUACUACACAAUGUCGAAUCAUCGAUGACAUCGACAAGGAGAAGAUAAAUGUAUCAUUGUGCGUUUACAAAGAAAGCCUUGAUGACUACUGUUGCAAAGUGACGAAUCAGUGUUACAUAACAGUCGAGCAAUGCCUUAAGGAGUGCAAAGGGACUGCAGGCAUGGUGGCCGUGGCAACCCCUCCUUUAGCUACCCCGUCUCCAUUCCUGUCAAAUUGA